AUAUAUCAAGGUCAAUAUGUGAUACUUUGGCUAAAAUAAAGCUCAAAAAAAUUUUUAAAAUAUAAAACAAUAUACUUUAUUAGCAUAAUAUAAAUUAAUUAUUAGCUUUUCUAUUUAUUUUCUUUAAAUAUUUAUAUAUUUAACUUUCUCCAUUAAUUUUCAUAUUUUUAAGAAUUACAAAAUAAAUAUUUGCUAACAAAUAAAUAAAUGAUACAAAAUUUGCUUAUCAAAAUUAAUUUAAGAUUUAAAUAAUCAUUAAUAUAAAACAAAUAAAAUAAAAUAAUUGACAUACUUUUGGAGAAGUAUAAAGGUGAAAGCAAAGACGAUAGUACGAAAUUAAAUUUGUUGGGGUCACGAGAAUAUAUAUAUAUAGUCAAGGGCGAAUAGAAAAUCAGCAAGUAAUAUAUAUCUCAUUGAUAUAUACAUAGAGGUAAAAUAUAAUACGUAGAUGUAGCUGUGCCUCACAGUUUGCUAUAGAGUGUUUCGUCUGUAGAGUGCAAUAUCACGAGGCAGAAACAGUGAAAUUAUUAAGCGUUAAAAUGACAGUUGUCUAAAUGACAUACAGUGUUGCAAACUCAUUGUGUUUAGAAAAAUUUUAAUUAUGUACUAAAUAUAAUUAAAAUAUAAUUAUAUUUUACUUUUUAAUUAUAUUUUCAAAAUUAAAUAUAAAAAAAAAAAAAAGUUCAGCAAACUAGUUGAAUGGGUGGAACGAGUGUCAUACGAAAAACAAAGCACAAGCUUAAAGCUGUGUCACAUAAAUUUGACCACAGUGAUCGGGUCAGUGAUUCAAGCUUGGCUACUUGUCAUUGCCUUGAACAAAAUAAUUAUUUGUCUGCAUUUGAAUCAUUUUAUAUAGAAUCACCAUUACUCAAUGAUUAUUUUGACUUCAAUAAUACAUUUACAGACAGUGGCACUUUAGGCAUCAUUAAUAAUAAUCAUUAUAAUUGUAAUAAUAAAGAAUUUUUCACAAACGAUAAUCAAACAUCAACAAUGGCAUCUAAAUCAAAACAUCGCCGAGAAAAUUUUGAUGUUAAUGAUCACACUGGUAGUAAUACCAAUAGUAAUUAUCGUCGUUAUCGAAGGACAAAAAAACGACGAGGCUUUGUAUUUGUCCACCAAUGAUGUUUAAAGAUGCACUUGUCUCUCGUGGCUUGUUCAGUAAAUCAACAAGCUAAAGCACAAUGAAUAUAACUGGCUUGCUUGCCAUGUUUGAUGUUGGAUCGUAUCCAUGAGUGAUUUGGCUGGCGUUAUAACAAAUUCGUUGGUUCGAUGGCAACAUCGUUAUAUUGGUAAAAUUUUCAUUAUUAAAUAUUUUACCAUCACUUGCAAUUUAUUAUAUUACUUAUUGUAAAUUCAAAUAUUUAUAUUAAAAAACAUUAAAAGCAAUGAUUUUAAUUAAUUUAAUUUUAAUUAAAGUUAUACUUAGUUUGAGAAACAAAACUCGGUCAUGCUUGAAAAUGGAAUGCUUUAUUGUAAUGGCAUACCGUAAAUAAAUUUCUAGAAUUUAUUUAUUUUAUUUUAAAUUUUUAAAUGUAUUUUUAAAUAAAAAAUAUUCAAAAUAAAUCUCAAUAUUACAA